CAAUUCAUAAACAGAUAAAAGUGAAGAUGGCAGGAAAACACAUUAGACUGAGUUUUUGAACAACAGAGAGAACAUUUUUAAAACAGUUUUUGAAACACCACAGCUGAACAGCUACUUUGUAAAUCAACCAAAGUGCUCAUAUACAUUCCUCUCAGUCUUGGAUAAAAUGUCACCUUUGAGGUCCAUUCUAAGGCGAGGACAUUUCUUCACACUGGUGCUGCUGUCGUGGGCUGCUGUAGAGGUUCAGGGUGCCUGUCCACCCAAGUGCUCAUGUCCAUCAUUACCCCCAGUGUGUCCUCCUGGUGUUAGUUUGCUUUUGGACCCAUGUGGAUGCUGUCGGGUCUGUGCCAGACAGUUCAACCAAGACUGCAGCGCUACUGAGCCCUGCGACCACAUCAAAGGACUGCGCUGCCACCUAGGGGCCGGAGGAGACCCUGAGAGAGGCUUGUGUAGAGCUGAAGCGCAGGGUCGACCGUGCGAGCUGGAUGGGCGUGUCUAUCAGCACGGUGAAGACUUUAAACCGACCUGCGAGCAUCAGUGCACGUGUGUCGAUGGUGUAGUCGGCUGCAUCCCGCUGUGUCCACAACUCGUGUCUCUACCUGACCGGCGCUGUUCCCGUCACCGCCUCACCAAGCUGCCCGGCCGCUGCUGUCAGGAAUGGGUGUGCGAUGAUGACAAUCGCAUCGAAGAGGAGGACCAGAUGCCUGACCUGCAUCCACGAGAGCACACUGCCCUAACAGGCAACGAGUUACUUGUUGCUCCGUCUUCUACAUGGGAUAGUAGUGCAGGAGUCGCCUAUCAAGAGUGGAUUACAUCUUCGAAGUCCCACGUCAACCUUCCAUCCACCUGCCUCCUGCAGGUCACCGACUGGACCCCAUGCUCAACCACUUGUGGAAUGGGCAUAUCCAGUCGUGUUACCAACAGAAAUGCUGAAUGUCGGCUGGUCAGGGAAACUAGACUUUGUCAGAUCCGAGAGUGUGGCGACAACCUUGCAUCAUCACUUAAGAAAGGAAAGAAGUGUCAGAGGACCACACGACCACAAAAACCUAUUCAGAUCACAUUUGCAGGAUGCUUCACUGCUCGCCGUUACCGGCCUCGUUCAUGUGGAUCCUGUUCAGACGGUCGUUUCUGCGCUCCCUCUGUGACGCGUACGGUUCGUCUACACUUUUAUUGCCCGGGGCCAGAGCAAGAGGAUUUUACCCGUAAUGUCAUGUGGAUACAGCGCUGCAACUGCAGCCAAAGAAACAACCAACACGGCUUGUUCUCACAGACAGAGCUGCUCAAUCUACCAAAUGAUAUACAUAUAUACACACACUGAUAGUUCAAGAACUUAUUUACAUAUAUUCAGAUAUCUUUACGAACAAUCUUUUCAACAAUACCGCACUUAAAAGUAAUAUGUACAUACCUUAUUAUAUCACAUCAAUCAUUGAUUUGUAUUUUGUAAGAAGAAGUGACAGAGAGGAUUUAUGAAUAUGUAUGAUAUAUGAAACAGAUGAUUAAGACUCAAAACCUUGUUUGGUUUGAUGGGAGACAAAAUCGUUUUAUCAUUUUGUAAAAUUAAGAAUCAAAACAAAAUUGAUUUUUAUAAAACCAGAUUUACUGUAUAUACUGUAAAUAUGUAUCAAUCCAACUGUACAUAGCUGAUGUGAGUGUUUCCUAUUUAUACAAACUUUACAGAUUUUUUGUGAAGUGUGAUAUCUGAACCUCAAUUUUUUGAGGUGAAAAGCAAUAUAGAGAUUUUAGGCAUAUUCAGGCUUUCUUUGAUUUUGUUUAAUAAAAUGUAUUACUAUAACAAUUUUGUCUCCGUGUAUAAAAUAAUUAUACAGAUUAAUGGCAAAAACAGAAUAUACAACACCAUGCAUCGGCCUCUCUCUCCUGCUUGCUUACGUGUUCAUAUUCCCCUCUCAUAGAUAGCUGAGAUUUUCAGCACUGCCAUAAUUGUGGAAGAGGAAUUGUGUAAAUGUGUUGAGAAUGUGCAGGAUGAAAGUAUAGAUCUGAUAAUGUACAG